UGCGCUCCUUCACUUUCCUCCUCGGUAUCCUGUCACCAUGGUGUUGGCAGUCUUGCGGGUCCUGGAGCCUUUCCCGAACGAGACACCCCCGUUUGCGGUGCUGCUGCCGCCCGGGGGCCCGUGGCCUGCGGCGGGGCAUGGCCUGGUGCUGGCCCUGCGGCCUGCAGGGGAGAGCCCGGCAGGGCCGGCGUUGCUAGUGGCGGCCCUGGAGGGAACGAGCGCAGGGACCGAAGAGCAGGGUCCCGGGCCCCCGCAGCUGCUGGUUAGCCGUGCGCUGUUGCGGCUUCUGGCCCUGGGCUCCGGGGCGUGGGUGCGGGCGCGGCCUGUGCGGCGGCCCCCAGCGCUGGCCUGGGCGUUGCUUGGCACCUCGCCCGGGCCCGGGCUCGGACCGCGAAUCGGGCCGCUGCUAGUGAGGCGUGGAGAGGUCCUACCAGUGCCCGGACCACGGGUGCUGGAGACGCGGCCCGCGUUGCAAGGACUGCUAGGCCCAGGGACGCGGCUAGCUGUGACUGAGCUCCGUGGGCGGUCCAAAUUGUGCCCGGAGACUGGGGACAGCAGCCAGCCCACACCCCCGCCUUUGGUGUCCUUCUUCGCGGUUUCCGGUACAGUCCGGCGACUCCGGGGAGUUCUAGGAGGGACUGGAGAUUCACUGGGGGUGAGCCGGAGUUGUCUCCGUAGCCUCGGCCUCUUCCAGGGCGAAUGGGUGUGGGUGACCCGGGCCGGAGAGUCAGCAAACACUUCCCAGCCACACUUGGCCACGGUGCAGGUCCUAGAGCCUCGCUGGGAUCUCUCUGAAAGGCUGGGACCCGGCUCGGGGCAGUUGGGAGAGCCCCUCGCUGAUGGACUGGCCCUCGUGCCUGCCACUCUGGCUUUCAAUCUCGGCUGUGAUCUUCUAGAAGUGGGAGAGCUCAGAAUUCAGAGAUACUUGGAAGGCUCCAGCACCCCUGAAGACAAAAGAAGCUGCUCAGUGCUGCCUGGCCCUCCGUUUGCCAAAGAGUUACACAUCGAAAUCGUGUCUUCUCCCCACUACAGCACUAACGGAAAUUAUGACCAUGUUCUUUAUCGGCACUUUCAGACACCCAGGGCAGUCCAGGAAGGGGAUGUUCUGUGUGUGCCAACAGUCGGGCAAGUAGAGAUCCUGGAAGAAAACCCAGAGAAACUGCCCAGGUGGCAGGAGAUGUUCUUUAAAGUGAAGAAAACAGUUGGGGAAGCUUCAGAUGGACCAAGCAGCACCUACCUGGCCGACACCACCCAUACCUCCUUGUACUUGGUGGGUUCUACCCUGAGCCCCGUUCCAAGGGUCCCUUUGGGAGAAUCCAGCCUCUGGAGCAGCUUGUCUCCUCCAGGCCUGGAGGCCUUGGUGAGCGAGCUGUGUGCUGUCCUGAAGCCUCGCCUCCAGCCCGGGGGCGCCCUGCUGACAGGAACUGGCAGCGUCCUCCUGCGGGGCCCCCCAGGCAGUGGGAAGACCACAGCAGUUGCUGCUGCCUGCAGCCGCCUUGGGCUCCACUUACUGAAGGUGCCCUGCUCCAGCCUCUGUGCAGACAGCAGUGGGGCUGUGGAGGCAAAACUGCAGGCCACCUUUUCCCGGGCCCGGCGCUGCCGGCCUGUGGUUCUGUUGCUGACAGCCUUAGACCUCCUGGGCCGGGACCGUGAUGGGCUAGGCGAGGACGCCCGUGUGGUGGCCACGCUGCGUCGCCUCCUCCUCGACGAGGACCCCCUCACCAGCUGCCCCCCACUGAUGGUUGUGGCCACCACAAGCCGGGCCCAGGACCUGCCUGCCAAUGUGCAGACAGCGUUUCCUCAUGAACUGGAGGUGCCUGUGCUGUCAGAGGGGCAGCGGCUCAGCAUCCUGCGGGCCCUCACUGCCCACCUGCCCCUGGGCCAAGAGGUGAACCUGGCACAGCUGGCUCGGCGGUGUGCAGGCUUUGUGGUAGGAGAUCUCUAUGCCCUUUUGACCCACAGCAGCCGGGCAGCCUGCGCCAGGAUCAGGAACUCAGGUCUGGCAGGCGGCUUGAGUGAGGAGGAUGAAGGGGAGCUGUGCGCUGCUGGCUUUCCUCUCCUGGCUGAGGACUUCACACAGGCCCUGGACCAGCUGCAGUCAGCUCACUCCCAGGCCAUCGGAGCCCCCAAGAUCCCCUCGGUGUCCUGGCACGAUGUGGGCGGGCUGCAGGAGGUGAAGAAGGAAAUUCUGGAGACCAUCCAGCUCCCUCUAGAGCACCCUGAGCUGCUGAGCCUGGGCCUGCGGCGCUCAGGCCUCCUGCUCCAUGGGCCCCCAGGCACUGGCAAGACCCUCCUGGCCAAGGCGGUGGCCACGGAGUGCAGCCUUACCUUCCUCAGCGUGAAGGGGCCAGAGCUCAUCAACAUGUAUGUGGGCCAAAGUGAGGAAAAUGUACGGGAAGUGUUUGCCAGGGCCAGGGCUGCGGCUCCCUGCAUUAUCUUCUUUGAUGAACUGGACUCCUUGGCCCCAAGCCGGGGGCGAAGUGGAGACUCUGGAGGGGUGAUGGACAGGGUGGUGUCUCAGCUCCUGGCUGAGCUGGAUGGGCUUCAUAGCACUCAGGAUGUGUUUGUGAUUGGAGCCACCAACAGACCAGACCUCCUGGACCCUGCCCUUCUGCGGCCUGGCAGAUUUGACAAGCUGGUGUUUGUGGGGGUGAGCGAGGACCGCGCUUCUCAGCUCCGUGUUCUGAGUGCCAUCACACGCAAAUUCAAGUUGGAAUCCUCUGUGAGCCUGGUGAAUGUGCUGGAUCACUGCCCUCCCCAGCUGACGGGUGCAGACCUCUACUCCCUCUGCUCCGAUGCCAUGACAGCUGCCCUCAAACGCAGGGUUCAGGAUCUGGAGAGAGGGCUAGAACCUGGGAGCUCAGCACUGCUGCUCACCAUGGAGGACCUGCUGCAGGCCGCCACCCGGCUGCAGCCCUCAGUCAGCGAGCAGGAACUGCUCCGGUACAAGCGCAUCCAGCGCAAGUUUGCUGCCUGCUAGGAGCCUCCUACAGUCUGGGACCCAGCCCCAGCCACAGCACUGAAGGUACCUAGGUACCUCCAGAGACCUGAGACAGCAAGGGCUCUUUCUCAGGCUGCCCCAACUCAUCUGAAGGCUACCUCCCUCCAAGAGAUCCCCUGAGUGCCAAGUAGCGGAGCCCCGAGAGAGUUCAAGAGGCAUCCUUUGUCCAUUUUUCCAGGCCAGCCCCAGCAUCUGCUUAGGAAGAGGGGUGGGAGGCUAGAGGUCUGGGAAUUGGGCCCCCAGGGAGCCUGGUCCGUGGCUGAAAAUAAAGUGUAUGCUGCCCUCUGCUGGUAGUGUGGCCUGAGAGAUUGGUG